AUGGCUUCUUUAAGGCGACAAAAUAUCUCUUGUGCGACAUGUGGCAAAACGGCAGGUAUAUUCACAUGUCGUGGAUGUUCAGAAAAUUUUUGCUUACCUCAUACAAAUGAGCAUAGAGAAUUGCUUGAAAAACAAAUGAAUGAAAUUAUUCUCAUCCAUAAUCAAUUAAAACAAGCUAUAACAGGACAAACAACUGAACAAUUUCAUCAAUCACUUCUGCAACAAAUUGAACGAUGGGAACAACAAUCCAUAGAUAAAAUUCGUCGAUUAGCUGAUGAUACUCGACAACAACUAUCAAGUAUUGUUCAAGAUCGUACAGAGAGUAUUAAAGAAAAAAUAGCACAACUUACACAACAAUUAAAUAAAGCACGUCAUGAUGGAGAAUUUUUUGAAAGUGAUAUUAAAGAAUGGUCAGAAAAGCUUAAUAAAUUUCAACAACUUCUUAAUAAACAACAAAAAAUCAAAAUUCAUCAUGAUAAAGAUUUAACUCCAUUUAUUUCAAAAAUUUCACUUCAAAAUUUAUCCAAUGAUAAUCUUGUACAACCAAUAAAUCAAACUCACUAUGAAACUAAUCAUGAUGACAAUAUACAAGAUCAAUAUGAAGAUUAUUCAUAUUUAAAAGAAAAAGGUGAAUAUUCAUCAGGUGAACAUUCAAUUCGAUUUAAAAUUGAUCAGUAUGAACCAAAUAGUUCGAUUUUAUUUGGAAUUACAUCAAAAAAUGCAUUCGAAGGAACGAAUCCAUAUGAAAAUCCAACACUUUAUGGUUGGACAGGAGAUAAUGUUGUCUAUCAAGCUGGUGAUCCACAACCUAAUUAUCAUGGAUAUAAAAGUAAUAUUCAAACAGGUGAUAUAUUUAUGUUUACUAUGAAUUGUGAUCGAGAAAUGAUUAGUUUAACAAAUGAACGAACACGUCGAAAAUAUGAUUUAGAAGUUGACACUAUGAAAUGUCCAUUUCCAUGGCUACCAAAUGUUCGUUUUUUUAUUAAUCCGGAAUGA